CUUUUGAAGCCCGGCGCUCGCCUGUCUGAAAAACGGCAACGCUGCUGAAUGCGGAGUUGGGUUGUUGUUGCUGCGAUCUGCUAGUUGGAGUCUGUGCGGGAGAAAAGGAGCCAUAAUACUGCAACCUUUAAUCCAGCAGGUUUAAAGGCCGUGUUUGCUCGCUCCUGUUGGGAUUAUGGACCCGCGGAAAGUGGCCGAGUUGAAGGCUUUUGUGCAGCUGUGCACGGAUAAUCCCGCCGUGCUGCACCUGCCUGAGAUGGGCUUCUUUCGGACCUGGCUCCAGGGUCUGGGAGCCACCCUUCCAUCAGCGACCCAAAAUGACAGCUCCUCAUGCAAGGGAAGCUGUCCAUGUGAUGCAGGGCCACCUCCCACAACAGCCCCGCCCCCACAGGCCGAGCCUUCCCCGCCCUCAGAGAGCGAGGAGAGUGAAUUAGAGAUUGACAUGGAAGGAGUGAUAGAGCCAGACACAGAUGAUGUUCAGGAGAUGGGAGACUAUGAAAACCUGGAGGUGACAGAUGAGAUGAUCGACCAGGCCAAUGAGAAGAAAGUGGAGGCUAUUGGAGCUCUGGGAGAAGGGGAGCUACAGAAAGCUCUGGGUUUGUUCACUGAAGCCAUCAAACUGAACCCCAGAUCAGCCAUCCUCUAUGCCAAGAGAGCCAGUGUAUACAUUAAGAUGCAGAAGCCCAACGCUGCAAUCCGGGACUGUGACAGAGCCAUUGACAUCAACCCAGACUCAGCACAACCGUACAAGUGGAGAGGGAAAGCCCACAGGUUGCUCGGUCAUUGGGAGGAUGCAGCUAAAGAUUUGGCUACAGCCUGCAAACUAGACUAUGAUGAAGAUGCCAGUGCCAUGCUGAAGGAAGUUCAGCCCAAAGCCAACAAGAUCCUGGAGCACCGGCGUAAAUAUCAGCGCAAACGAGAGGAGAGAGAGAUCAGAGACAGGAAAGAAAGAGUGAAAAAAGCGAGAGAAGAGCAUGAGAGAGCACAGAGGGAGCAGGAAGCCAGGGAGCAGGCAGGUGGAGCACACGGAGGAUUCCCAGGUGGCGCUGGUUUCCCUGGAGGCGCUCCAUUUGGGAUGCCCGGCCUGCAGGAGCUCUUUAACGACCCUGAAGUGCUGAUGGCCAUGAAGGACCCUGAAGUGAUGGCAGCAUUCCAAGAUGUGGCUCAGAACCCAGCCAACAUCGCCAAGUACCAGAGCAACCCCAAAAUCAUGGCUCUUAUCAACAAACUCAGCUCUAAGUUCAGCGGCCCACAGCCUUAGAGAGCUAAAAGCAGAGGAGUGGGAUGGGUGGGGUGUGUGUUUUGAAUGAGUGAAUAGGUGAGGGGUUGUUUGCAGUGCUCUGAGGCAGAGCUCUCUCUCUAUAUCUCUCUCUCAUGGCUUAUUUUCUUCCUUUUUGCUGAUCUUCUAAGAGACUGACUGGAUAGGUGAGGUCAUGGUUGAAGUGGAGUUACUGCCGUCUUGCUUAAUACCAAUCCAAUCCUUAUGUGCAGCGGAGCGGGUGUGUUAGGAUGGAGAAGUCUGUGUAGAAGCAUUGGAACGACAGUAGGAAAGGACUUUGGUGUUAAUCCACACUGAUCCUGGAACAUUUUUAUAACAUUAUACCUCCACUAGCACUGAGGGGCAGCCGAAGGCCCAGUCACGGCAGGAUUCUUCAAAUCUCAAUCACAGUGUCCAGUCUAGGCCUAAUCCCAAUCCUAAACUUCUACUAGUCCGGUGUUUCCCAGUUCUGAAAUUCUGCUUUGUAAAAUAUCCCCCAAAUCAAACUAAUCAGCUAAUUAACAUGAGUUGAAGUGGGUGUGUCAGACCUGGUUAAAUGCUAACAUGUCCAAGGAGCAGAGUUGGGAACCACUGUCACAGACCCUUGUUUUACUUCAGCAGAGUAAAUAUAGUAGAUUCAAAUAGACUUGAUCUAUCCAUGCUUCACCUAUAAAUGUGUUCGUUCUUAGCUAUGCUUGCAAAGCGUUGGCAAAAAACCUUAUGGGACAUUGUAGCACGUAUUAUUGUACUCUUUUGUUAAAAUGUGUAAAUUAUUGACAAUGAACUGCUACAGUGUUUGUUUACAUAAUGUUGACUCUUCAGUUUAAAUGCUACACUAACAAGAUGGACUAUAUUAUUGUAGCUAUUCAAAAGUAAGCAAGUCAGAAAGAGCAACAAAUUUACUGCCUAAUAUUAGCUUGAUUUUACAACGACUUGAAACUAAUAUGUACUCUUAAUGUAGUAUGUGCUCAAUGUAUUUUGAUAAACUGUAGUUAUAGUUGUGUGCUACAGUUUCUCAUUAUGAGAUUCUUGCCAUCUGUAAUGCUUGUCCAACCUAGCAGCAGUUGCUGUGAAAGAAUGCAUUUGUGGGCGGAGCUUGAACUGGAUUGAACAUCAGGACAUAUAAAAGGCAACUGAUGUAAGUCUCAAACUGAUACGCUGGUGCAAAGACAGCACAGGUGUGUUUGACAUGGUCCAGUCACUGAUUGAGUUACUGAAACUGCAUAUACAGAAAAUAAACCUGUUAAAUAUUAAUGCAUUGGACUGUUAAAUGAUUUCUCUGGUUCUCACAGCUAUUAUUGGAUUAUAGGGUCAUGGGAAAGAGAACUGGUUUCAAAUUGGUCUUAUACACACCGUACGUGUAUAACACUGUAUUCCUCUGCUGAACUGGGCUGACUAUAAUGGUUUCUUUUUGAUUUUCAGAGGCGAAACAGUAAUUUCUGAUGAGAUUUCACACCCCUUUUCAUCCUCAGGUCUUUGUUAAAGUUUUCUCUUUACCCGCAUUGUAAUCUAGAUCUCUUAUUUUUCUGUUAUUCUCUCUUAAAAGCAAAAAAAAGAAGAGAAUCAAAUGAUAAAGGUGUUUGUCCUUCAAAUCAAGGAGGAUGAGCAUCUCAAAUGGAGUUGAACAAUGUCAAUCAAUAAAGGUUUUGGUUGCAGUAAUGUC